AUGGCAAAUAUGUCGGAUCCUCUUGUGGUUGGAAGGGUGAUAGGAGAUGUAGUGGAUAACUUCACUCCAUGUGUAGAGAUGUCUGUCACAUACAACUCUUCAAAGCAAGUUUACAAUGGGCAUGAGCUUUUCCCUUCAUCUGUUACCGCUAAACCUAAGGUCGAUGUUCGUGGCGGUGAUAUGAGAUCCUUCUUUACACUGAUUAUGACAGACCCAGAUGUUCCGGGUCCAAGUGAUCCAUAUCUUAGAGAGCGUUUGCACUGGAUUGUCACAGAUAUACCAGGCACAACGGACUCCUCAUUUGGAAAAGAGGUAGUGAGCUAUGAAAUACCAAGGCCAAAUAUAGGGAUCCACAGGUUUGUGUUUGUGCUGUUUAAACAAUUAAGGGGAAGGCAGAGUGUGACAUUAUGCCCACCUUCAUCAAGGAAUGGUUUCUGCACUCGCAGUUUCGCUGAUGAAAAUGAUCUUGGAUCCCCUGUUGCUGCUGUCUUCUUUAACUGCCAACGGGAAACCGCUGCUAGAAGACGUUAA